UUAUAAACCGUUUUGAGAGGCCACAAAUGGAUAGAGUCGCUUUCUCUUUUCAUUAUUUUUUCUCUCGGCCAGUUUACCGCUAGACUUCAGUGAUAGGAGACUCAGCUGGAGGUCCGACCCUUUCUAACCACCGGAAUGGCCGCUCUCAGUUGCAUGAAUUGGUUUAACGCCAGAAUGACUGUUCUACCCUCGGCGGCCAUCAAAGAUAAUACUGAGAACCAGAGAAUUGAGCUUCAAGAGAAGGUUAAAUGGUCAAGGGUUCUGAUACUAGGCGGAACCGGAAGGAUUGGUGGUUCCACCGCAACUUCUCUCUCUAAUCUAUGUCCUGACCUGAACAUCAUCAUCGGCGGCCGGAAUAGGGAGAAGGGUGCUUUUGUGGUGGCAAAACUGGGAAAGAAUUCAGAGUUUGCUGAAGUGAAUAUAGACGACAAGGCAUCUUUGGAAGCAGCAUUGAAAGAUGUUGAUCUUGUUGUUCAUUCUGCUGGGCCUUUCCAGCAGACCGGGAACUGUAAUGUACUAGAAGCUGCCAUUCGGACCAAGACUGCAUAUCUUGAUGUUUGUGAUGACACAAGCUAUGCAUUUCGUGCAAAGUCGCUUAUGAAUGAAGCACUUGCUGCAGAUGUGCCUGCAAUAACUACAGGUGGCAUCUAUCCCGGAGUGAGUAAUGUGAUGGCAGCAGAGCUUGUUCGCGUUGCAGGCAUUGAGAGCAAAAGUAAGCCCGAGAAACUAAGGUUCUAUUAUUAUACUGCUGGCUCAGGUGGUGCUGGCCCAACAAUUUUAGCUACAAGUUUUCUGCUUCUUGGAGAAGACGUAGUUGCAUACAAUAAAGGCACUGAAAUCAAAUUGAAGCCUUACAGUGGUAUGCUAAGCAUUGACUUUGGAAUAGGGGUCGGAAAGAAAGAUGUCUUCCUUAUAAAUUUGCCUGAAGUGAGAACUACCCAUCAUACCCUUAGAGUACCAACUGUCAGUGCUCGGUUUGGAACUGAUCCAUUUUUCUGGAACUGGGGAAUGGUGGCCAUGACAAAUUUACUUCCAGCAAAAUAUUUGAAAGACAAAAGAGGAGUUCAGCAGCUUGUUAAAUUAUUUGAUCCACUUGUUCGGGCAGUCGACCAGAUCUCUGGAGAGAAAGUCUCAAUGAGGGUUGAUUUGGAGUGUUCAAAUGGGCGGCAGAGAAUAGGUAUAUUCAGUCACAGAAGACUCUCUAGAUCAGUCGGAAACGCGACAGCUGCAUUUGCGCUGGCAAUUCUUGAAGGAAGCACAAAACCCGGAGUUUGGUUUCCGGAAGAGCCAGAAGGGAUUGCUAUUGAGGCGAGGGAAAUCCUGCUUAGACGUGCGGCUCAAGGGACCAUCAAUUUUGUAAUGAACAAGACUCCAUGGAUGGUAGAGGCAGGGCCUAAAGAGAUUGGUUUUGGCAUUUAUGGGUGAUGUUAACACCUUUACUUAUAAGCCUAUCUAUUGUGGUGGGGCUUGAUGGGGUGCCUUACAGACGUCCCGUAAGUGGAUGCAUGGAUGUGAGAAAAUGCCGCUGGAUGGGAUGUAAACACCUUUACUACUCCCUUUUAAAUUGGAACAUCACGGAGUAGGUUUAAUCUUUGGUUAUUUUUUUAAUUUUAUACCAAUGUUGUAUUCUGAAAUAAAUUAAAAGAAGAAUUCACAUAAAUACUCCAAGAAAUAUGUGAUUUUAUGUUAAUACUCUAAAAUUGAAUAAUUGAUGCUAUUAGUC